AUGUCAGAAUAUUAUCAAGGCUAUACGUCCAUUUGUUCUUACAUAAGUAAUCAUAACGAGACUUGUUCAUUUCGCGAGUUCGUAGACCUUUACAAGGAAAUGAUUAUAGACUCUCCACCGAAUACUGAUGACUGGAGUGGUUUAGAAACUGCAUGGGAAAUGAGAUUCUUAAGAAGCGUAAAAGAUAUUAUUCCUGAAAAAUACGAUGAUAUACAUGCAAAGGUGAAAUCAGAAAUUUCGAAUAAGUCCUUAAUGUAUCAUUGGCAAAAUAUUGUCAAUGAAAAAGGACAAAAAUCCGUAAUCAAUAAUCAUAUAUCUGGUAGUCUAAAAAUAUUGGACGCAACGGCUAAACAUAAUGUAAAUACAAUCGUUUCGAAAGUUUCGAAAGUUUCAAAUCUUCGAGAGAUAGAUGCAGAUGCUUCAUUACUAAAUGAACGUUUAGAGUCCGAUGAUGAUUUCAUGCCUGUCCGUAUACCAAAGCGGAAAAAGCAGUUAUCUCUUUCGAAAAAGAACAAAGAGUCGGUUGGUUCAGCUAAGAAAGUCAAUACUACUAACACGAAUGCGGAUGACGAUGACGGUGAUUUCAUUAGUAGUAAUAAGAGCACAAUUUCAAGAUCACAUUGGAAAGAUACGUCAUCAUCAAAUUUACAAUCCUUAGAAAGUGCGGGUUCUAGCAUAGGAGAUACGAAAAUGAUGGAUGAAGUUAAUAAUCCCGGGUAUAACAGACCACAUACUCCAUCUCAUCAAAUUUACUCUACAUCGGAGAAUCAAAAUUUACUUACACAAUUAAGAAAUGAGAAACAGCGAGCAAAAUCCACAAUGGAGCCCAUUUGCUCGAACAUAGUUGACACUACAAAUAAAAAUUUAAUGGAAAGACUGCAAUACCAAUAUGAUUACCGUUGGGAGCCUGUCAUAAAUGAUGCAACCAAAUAUAUCGAUGAACUAAUUGAAAAUAGCGAUACCCGCAAUGACUUACGGAAUAAACUUCUACUUCCAUUCAUCCCAUCUGGUGAAACUUAUUCCUUCAGUAAACAUUAUGAGGUGCAUUGGGUACACCGGUUUGCUGACAAAUUAUCAUUAUUUUUCGAAGCUCCUCGGAAUCCACUUCUAGAUAAGAAUUCUGAAGGCUGUGAAGAAAUGUCCUUGGCAUCAAUAAUGCGCAAAAAUUUAACUAGGGAAGAAUCUGAAAAAAAAUCCUCUGGACAUAAAAUAGACAUAAUUUUUCGCGUUGAUGAUGUAGAAUAUUUUAGUGCAGAAACAUAUGUUGAUGAAGAUCCUCAAAAUUCAAAACCAAUAUCAUAUAAACACAAAUUAUUUAGAGAAAUGAAGGAUCAGCUGGACCGACUUCUAAAAAAGUUGGAAUUUACAAAAGAAUCGAUCAAAGAGGUAAAAAAUAUCUUCGUACAUGGAAUGUCGCAUGGAGGCCUCAAUGGCAAGAUAUAUGCCAUGUAUUAUAAUAUCGACCUUGAAUAUUAUUUUGUAUAUGAAAUGUGCAGAUAUCGAAUAGGAACAACAUGGUCAAGUGUCCCAGAUAGUCUUAUGACCUUAAAAAAGAUACUUUGUUUGAAGUGCGAUAUAAACAAAGUUCUCGGCGUUAUUAAAAAAGUAAAGAGGGCUCGCUUAUAUUCAAAGCCAGAAGAUUUAUUUUCAAUUAAUAACCUUCCAGAUACAACACCAUCUCCGAAAAAAAAACAGAAUAAAUGA